AAAAAAAAAAAAAAAAGCAGAAGAAAAUCCGAGAGAUGCUGCUGUCGCUUGGGAAAACAAACAGCUAUCCGGGCACUUAAAAAAGAGGGAAACAAGGAGCGGUGACCAGAUGCAUGCAUCUGGUGAAAGAAUGAAUGCCGGGGACUGCAAUGGAUGCUCUUAUGCAUCAGGCAAUGGUAGAGAGUCAACCACGGAGCAGGACUUUUACGGUCCAAACGGUCAGCAUUCCUCAACGCCUUGCUCCUUUACUGAACACUCUAUCAAGGUGGAACUGUGCAGCGAAGAUGGAUCACCACAGCCUGAGAACAGAGGGGCUGUCAGAGAUAGUAGCUGUGGGGAUGACAGAACAGAGCUGAAUGCAGAAGGGAGGGCAGAGCACACUGGGGUCGGACAAGGUAAUCUUUACAGUGAGAUGGCCACUUCCAAUCAUGCUUCCCCUGGACCCAUUCGGCUUGCCAGUGGCAAGCUCCAAUGUGAUGUGUGUGGGAUCAUCUGCAUUGGACCCAAUGUGCUGAUGGUGCACAAGCGAAGUCACACGGGUGAGAGACCUUUUCAGUGUAACCAGUGUGGAGCGUCCUUUACCCAAAAGGGCAACCUGUUACGCCACAUCAAGCUGCAUUCUGGAGAGAAACCUUUCAAAUGCCCCGUUUGCAACUACGCUUGCCGGCGGAGGGACGCCCUGGCUGGACAUCUAAGAACACAUGCAGUUUCUUCACCGUUGGGGGGAAAACCUUUCAAGUGCAGCUACUGUAGUCGCAGCUACAAACAACAAAGCACAUUGGAUGAUCACCUAGAGCGCUGCCACAGUUUUCAAAAGAGCCAGGACCAGCAGGCUGCAGUCAACACGCUGACAGAACAGCACGGUGGUGAGUUGCUAGAUAUCGAGCCAAUAGCCAAACUUGCACUGGAGCCGUCCAAUGAGAAACCACACUUUGUUGAUAGAUUAGCCGCUAGCAUCACCAAACGAAAGAGGUCGACGCCACAAAAGUUUCUUGCUGACAAGUACAGCCAUCUUGACCUUCCUGAAGCACCUUAUGACUUGUCCUCUGGUUCAGAGAGGGACGGGGAGCAGCUGACCCCCCAGCCAGCUAAUGAGUGCAUUGGAACGGGCAAGAAACAACUGCAAGACUCCAGGAGGAAACUGUCUCAAAUCCAUCCUGCCUUUUUGUCUGAGCUGCGCACCGUUAUGAGCUCUAUCCAAAGCAAUGUGCCUCCUCCUGGAGCCUCGAGCGGACUCACAAUGGAGUCUCUGGUACUAUCGGGUCAAGAUACAGGUGAAAGGUGCGAUGGUCAGCCCUUAGCCCACAGCCACACCACCUCACCCAACGAAUGUCCCGACUCUACAGACACAGAGAGCACAGCUGAAGAGCACAACACAAGGGCUGCAGCACACACAAGUACCUCCAACAACAACCAGCACCUCCACUACCAAACCUUAGGACUGCCCCACAGCCUUCCCACCUCCAGCCCCAGCCAGGCCAAAGAAAUGGACUCAGAGUGGGACAGGGGGUGCCCCGCACCCAUCACUCCAAUGAAGAGGAGUGCUGGCUCUCCAUUCACCUCCAGGGAGACAGUGCAGGUUCUGCACAGAGACGGCCAGCGCCUACGCUCUUUCCACUGCCGCCACUGCCACAUCCUCUUCCUGGAUCACGUCAUGUUCACCAUUCACAUGGGCUGUCAUGGCUUCCACCAACCAUUUGAGUGCAACAUCUGUGGCCACCGCAGCCAGGACCGUUAUGAGUUCUCCUCGCACAUCAGCAGAGGAGAGCACCAGGUGGCCUGAGUGUGUACGGUGGACAGGCCCUCGGGAGGUGAUCUUGUGAACACUUCCUGAGGAUCCUUGAUGCCGAGUGGCCUUACGGUACUCAACCCAAUGUCACGUGAUCCUUUGUGGGCGUGCCCUCAAGUGAGCUAACGCCAACCUUAUGUUUGCUUAGCUAGCUCGAAACACGACACAGAAGUAAAAGAAAACAACAAAACACUACGUACCUAAGCAGGUUGGCAUUGUCAGUUUGACCACUAGAUGUCAGUCGAACAAUGACGUGUACAAAGCUGCUUGUGUGCAGUUAAUCAAUGACUUCACAGCUGAGGGAAUGGCAUCUGCUUCCAUGACAAAUGUGACUAAUAUGAAGAAUAAAUGUGACCAAGAGGCUCUAAAUAAAAGCAGGAUGCAGAGCGUGCACAGCUGAUGGGAACGUGCACUCACCACCAGCGGCCACUGUUGUUGACGGCCCCGGUGCCAGAGAGCGACGACACCAGGAGGAUGCAUGCAGCUUUCACACCCAGCAGAAGCGCCAAACUCCUCAUCUCGCCCUUUUAUUGAUCAUGCACCUUGCGGCGGGGGGAAAAAAAGGUUGAAUCACUCUUCAUUUUCAGAAUGUGUUUAUUAUUACAAAGACAUAAUAAAUCAUCUUAGUGAUGCAGCAAGGUACAUGCACAUAUGUACUCACCGGUGCCCUAUAACUUGAGUGGAUGUGUGAAGGAUGAGUCCACGCACGCAAAGGAUGCUGCAGUCCUCAGUGUGUCCCUCUGAGUGAUGCUCUGCACGGUGCGUGGAACGCGUGGGACAGUCCCGCAGACUUGAUCCCCUCCGUGGUGACACCAGAUAGGCAACACAUUCUUCUCUUAUUGAGUGCUA